AUGGUUUACUACUUUACAGCUAAAAUCACUAGGAAAGACAAUGACCUGGACUCUUAUAUAACCACAGAUCCCCCCAAGACUCAAGAAUACAAGAUAUACAUGGGCAAGGACAAGUUUGAAAAUGUACCUUUGAUAAAACACUCGCACCCCAAGAACAUCUGGUUUCACGUGGACAAUCUAAGCUCAGCUCAUAUAUAUUUACAAUUGACCAAGCCCGAGAUUUUAUCUUGGAAGUCUUUUGACCAAUUUCAAAUUGAGGAAGAACUAUUGCUGCAGCUAUGUCAGUUGACUAAAGCCAACAGCAUAAAGGGAAACAAGCUAAACAACGUCACCAUCAUCUAUACUCCAGUGGAAAACUUGCAUACCGAUGGGUCGAUGGAUGCUGGAACUGUAGAAUACGUCAACCCCAAACUUCUCAAGCGGUUCAACGUCGCCAAGAAGGAGAACGCGGUCUUGAAUAAGCUAAACAAGACGAAAACCGAAGGCUCGACGGAAGAGUUUGUCAAGAACCAACAGGAUUUCGCGAAUGAAAUGGCCAACGAGAGGAAACUUCAAGAAAGAGAGGAAGAACGAUUGUCGAAACAGUGGCAAGAGGAGAAGAAACUGAAAAAUGACCCUUAUGCUGAUCUCUUUUCUGCUGAAAAUAUCCAACUGAGUAGAAACAACCGGAGGGCUGCUGACUGGGAAGAUGAAGAUGAUUUCUGGUAG